AUGAGCGACACUGAAACCCCCCGCGGGCCUAGAACCUCUGGCGAGCAAACCGGAGUGUCCGGAAAGCCUCAUCGCGUGUCCCUCCCGCCGGAUUCAGCAGGCCGAGAGAAAGGAAGAUGCUCCAGCGACUCCUGGGGCCAUAGAGAACCAACAGAGACAGAGACAGAGAAUGCCGACUCGCCGUUUUCCGCGGUCGAAAUCGCCUUCGUCAACUCGAAAGUGGGCCGAGGAGUCCUCGCGCGCAGGGCCUUCAAGAAAGGAGAGGUCAUCUACAACGAUGCAGAGCCCCUCGUCGCUGCUCAGCAUAUCUACUCCGAGCGCUGCAGCUGGACCUGUGGGCGGUGCUUCACGUUCGUGGGGAACCUCCGCCAGCAGCUGGAACUGAUUCUCUCCAAUGACGCAUCUGACGCGGCGAAGCGGGAUCGACGAAUUCAGGAAAACCUCGAAUUGCUCACCGACGAUUUCCUCCAAGAAGACUUCUGCCUCGCGCAGCCCGUCCCCUGUGCCCGCAACUGCGGAGUGGUUUAUUGCUCUGAAGAACACAAGAAGGUGGGGAGACGGGAAAACGCGCUGCGGAAAAUGCACAUGCACUUUUCUUCCUCGGGAGGCGAAAACGCGGGCCGUCGUGAGCGCAUGGCGAAUCGCAGCGGAGGGCGUGCCUACGCGCAAAUGCUUGUCGACGUUCUGUACGGCCAGGCGUCCGUGGAAGAUGUCAUGACUCCGUUCUGCCGAUUCUACUCUCGCCGAUGGGAAGAUAUCGGCGAUGCAGAGGAGGCGCUGUCAGCGCCGAGAGGAGCGGCGGAGCGCUGGCGACGCUCGAGAGGCCGCCUGGAGAUUCUGAAGGAGUCGUUCUCUCUCCUUUGUCGCGUUUUCCUUGCUGAGGAUGUCCUUGGAGAGACGCCCUGGGCGACGGAGAACGGAGACGAACCGGACACGGCGCACCUCAGAGACAAGUGGAAGGUUCUCUUUAGCCUCGACUUUUACUCCCACCUUCUCGGAACCUUCGACUUGGUGAACGUCGACAUCGAAUUCGACAAUCCUCUCAACGCGCGUCUCGCGUCUUCUCGUCUUUCUUCUCUCUGGCGGUGCAAACCGCUUUUCCGUCUGGGCAAAAGAAUCGCGGCAUGCGAAGACGCGGAAGACGACGAAGACCAGGAAAUCCAGGGCGGGCGCUCACCGACUGACGGGUCGGAGGCUGCAGGCGCUGAGGAAGAAGAGUGGAAAGCUCUCGUCGGGGAUCUCCUUCCUCCUUUCAUGGGAAUAGGCCUCUUCAGGGCAGUGUCGAUGACGAACCAUUCUUGCUGGCCGAAUGCGGAAGUCGAUUAUCCCUCUCUCACCAAGACUGCUCAGGUGACGGCGUUGCGGGAUAUCGCCCAGGACGAGCAGGUGCUCUUGUCCUACAUCGACGAAACGCUUCCAUUAGCCUCGCGACAGCGCCUCCUCAAACGCCACUACAAGUUCACAUGCGCCUGCGUGCGUUGCCAAGUGGAGGCGGCCGCGGCGUUGCUGGACCGGCGAGGCGCGUUGCCUGCUGCGGAGGGCGCAGCCGUGGACGCGAUUGCAGACGCCACCGGCCUGUCGCCGCUGCUCGUCGGCGACAUUCUUUCCUUCAGCGCUUCGUUUUCGAAGUCGUCGGGAGAGGCGCAUGCACCGGAGACGGUCUCCGAAGAUCCCAGCCUCAGCUGCGGCGACGAGGCGAGUGAAGGAGACAGUGUGCCGGCAAGCGAGUAG